GCUUCCGCAGGCGCGGCCCCGCCCCUCGAGCGCCUGGCGGUCACGUGACGGCCGCGCGCGUCCCCGUCGGCUGCGGGCUCGGAAGCGAAGGAGAAAAGACUGCGAGGUGGCUGCGGCGGUGGCCGAGAGCACAGAGAAUGAACCAGCAGUGCAAGAGAAAACAGUACAGGUUAGCUGACAGCUGGUAAAGAAGAUGCUUGGUGUUUGUGACAGGUGCCUGUGGAGUCUGUGAUGGACAUGGACCAGAAUUCAGUUCCCUGCAGUCAAUUCUAGAAACUCACAACUACCUGGAACUCCAGGUCCAGUUUACGAGGAGCCUUCAACUCACCUCUGAUGGCCGGCUGUGGUGAAAUUGAUCACUCAAUAAAUAUGCUUCCUACAAAUAAGAAGGCAAAUGAAUCCUGUUCUAAUGCUGCACCUUCUCUAACAGUUCCUGAAUGUGCCAUUUGUCUACAAACAUGUGUUCACCCAGUGAGUCUGCCCUGUAAGCAUGUUUUCUGUUAUCUGUGUGUAAAGGGUGCUUCAUGGCUUGGGAAGCGAUGUGCUCUUUGUCGACAAGAGAUUCCUGAGGAUUUUCUUGACAAGCCAACCUUGUUGUCACCAGAAGAACUUAAGGCUGCAAGCAGAGGAAAUGGUGAAUAUGCAUGGUAUUAUGAAGGAAGGAAUGGGUGGUGGCAGUAUGAUGAGCGCACUAGUCGGGAGCUAGAAGAUGCUUUUUCCAAAGGUAAAAAGAACACGGAAAUGUUAAUUGCUGGAUUUCUGUAUGUUGCUGAUCUUGAAAACAUGGUUCAAUAUAGGAGAAAUGAACAUGGACGUCGCAGGAAGAUCAAGCGAGAUAUAGUAGACAUACCAAAGAAGGGGGUAGCUGGACUCAGGCUGGACUGUGACACCAGUACUGUAAACCUAGCCAGAGAGAGUUCUGCCGACGGUGCGGACAGUGGAGCAGCACAGACUGGAGCUUCUGUUCAGCUUGCAGUGCCCUCAUCUACAAGGCCCCUAACAUCAGUUGAUGGUCAGUUAACCAGCCCUGUAACACCAUCCCCUGAUACAGGCGCUUCUUUGGAAGACUCUUUUGCUCAUUUACAACUCAGUGGAGACAGCAUAGCUGAAAGGAGUCACAGAGGUGAAGGAGAAGAAGAUCAUGAAUCACCAUCUUCUGGCAGAGUACCAGAUAUCUCCGUUGAAGAAACAGAAUCGGAUGCCAGUAGUGAUAGUGAGGAUGCCCCUGUGGUGGUUGCACAGCACUCUUUGACCCAACAGAGACUUUUGGUUUCAAGUGCAAACCAGACAGUAGCUGAACGGUCAGACCGAUCAGGAACUGACCGAUCAGUUGCAGGGGGUGGGACCAUGAGUGUCAAUGUCAGGUCCAGAAGGCCUGAUGGACAGUGCACAGUGACAGAGGUUUAAACAAAUGUCUUCAGCACCACACUCAAGGGUAAAAUGGAUACCUGUAAAUUUCUGCCCACAUAACAUUAUACUCAUCCUUAGUAGUGCAUUGUGGGAGUUGGGGUGGGAAGGGAUAUGGGAAGGACAGACCUGAAAUUAAAAUGUCUAACAUGUCUCUGCUGAAAUUUAUUUAAUGUGAGGAACUGGGAUGUUGAUAGUUGAGAGCUGUUCAGUAUAACAGAGUUUUCUUGACAUCUGUUUACUUUAUAGUGUUUUUUUUUUUAAAGUUUUUGGUUCUUUUGGCUAGUGUGUCCCUGUGCAUUAAUGGCCUCAUCUGACUCUUGCACUGCAUGGAUUGGUAUAAAAUCUUUAAUAAAAUUUGGCCCCUGUGAGAUAUUUGAUAUCAUUAUGAGCAGGAAGCUUAAUAUGGAAAAUAGAUGUGAAUUUGGGAUUUAAAAAUAGAUGAUUAACAACUUAUAGUUGGUCUUAUUGAGAUAGAAAUGUAAAGCUGCAGCUAAUAAGUUUCAGAAUCUGUAACACACUUCAUGGCAUUCUUUUCCAUAAUAUUUGCUGUCUUGUCCUUGUACUCUGAGGUUUCUCUUAGUCUGCAUUUGUCUUUUUGAUUAAAAAAAAACUUUAUAAUUUAAUAAAUACUAGAGUUUAUCAGAAAUAA